UUGAUCCUUCCAUCUCAGCCCCCUGAGUAGAUGGGACUACAAGUUGUUUUCAGUUUUUGCUGCUUACAAUCAAGGCUGCAACAUAUCUCCACAAACCUCUGGAUACCCAGGAAGGAAGUUUUCAGUAUUUCCCAAGAGCAAAACUGCCCAGUUGAAAGCCAGUCAACAGUAGUAGCUGAAAAGAGAGAGGUCACUGAUGAAGAACACGGCAGGCACAGAGAAAAGGACAAGUAUGCGGAGCUUUGCUGUGUAUCUGUCAGUUCAUUCUACUCCUCUAAAACGUGGCGUUCUCAGGACUUGAUGUCCUCCAGGCCUCCAGAUGAAGGUAGUGCUCACCCUGAGAGCCAGCUGGACUCACCUCUUGUGUGUAACUGCACAGCCACAGCAUCUGGGGGACUUGUCCUGCACUUCUGGAAUCAUCUUUCUUGGUCAUGGUGGCUACUGCUGCAUUGUCCUUCUGAGGUAGGUGAGAUCGGGUGUUCACAGCCUCCCUUAAAAGGAAACAAGAGACUUGUCAGGUUGAUGGAGAGAACAAGCUGUUCCACAGUGCACACACCAUGUCCUAAGCUUGUGGUUAGAACAUCCUGCAGCAAGGAGGUGGAAGAGCAGAAGGGAAAAGUCUCCAAAUCUGUGCAAGCACAGAAACCCACGAUUAGUGUCCUUGGGCUGACCUAUGCUCAUUAUAAUAAUAGAAACACAUCCCUGAGUGUGAAGUUAAGAUGCUAAUGAGACAUGAGAUGUAUGUGCUAGAGUGCACAACCGCAGUGCACGCAGGCCCAGGAGACCACAGACAUGCUUAAAACAAUACCCCUUCCCACCUCUUCAUGAAUAAUCAUGUAAGACUCCCAUGAGGGAAAGGUAGUGUCUCUUUUUUUUUUCUUUUUGUUUUUUUUUAGAGACAGGGUCUCGCCAUGUUGCCCAGGCUGGAGUGCAGUGGCUAUUCACAGGCGCAAUCCCACUACUGAUCAGCAUCGGGAGUUUUGACUUGCUCGUUUCCGACCUGGGCCGGUUCACCCCUCUGUAGGCAGCCUGGUGAUCCCCUGCUCCAGGGAGCUCAACAUAUUGAUGCCGAACUUAGUGUGGACACCCGAUCGGCAUAGCACACUAUAGCCCAGAACCCCUGGGCUCAAGCGAUCCUCCCACCUCAGCCUCCCAAGUAGCUGGGACUACUGGCAUGCGCCACCGUGCCCAGCGGUACUGCCUCACUUUUGAGUAGCCUGCUCUGAUCAGCUGUCAGAGUGUACUUUCAUUUUGCAAUAAACUCUCUUGCUUACUUUUA